UGCAAGGCCGCCGAAGGAGGCGCGGACGAUCCGAUGCAGUCGCCAUCGGCCAACGGCAAGCGGGGCAGCGCGACAAACACGACGAUCCUACAGACGCUGGACGAAGCGUCCGACGCGGGUGGUGGCGAAAAGGGUUCGCGGUCGACGCGGAGUAAACCCAGCAACAAAAUCCAAGUUCGGGAUAUCCCACACUAAGCCAACCGCACGGACCUCCGAUCACGUCGAUCUUGACCAGUGCCUCGACAUCGUCCAAUCAAAACCACCGGAGCGCCGACCUACACACCGACUCCAGGACAAACCUCUUCUCCAAGUCCAGCAGCGAAUGCUCCGAUCUCCAUCGCGGCCCACAUUCUUCCGACCACGUCGACCGGAUAUGCCCUUGUUCUCCCGGCAGUGGUUUGUGUGCUUUCCAGCCAGCUGUGUUUCGGCAACUCGUCUGCGUUCCGGAAGGUCAUCCUCCCAGCAGUGCCCGCGUUCCGAAGAGUCGUCCUCCUGGCAGUGGUUUGUGCGCGUCCCAGCAGCAGCCCGCGUUUCCGCAACUCGACCGUGUUCAGGAGGGCCGUCCUCUCUCUACGGCGGACUUCCGGUAGAAUUCUGGUUGCGUGGCCUGUUACCACCGCGGCACCUUCAGCUUUUCUAUCUGCGCUGCUACAUACAGCUUUCGACAGUGCGGCACUGCUUUAUUUUGUUGCACGCGUUGCACGAAAGCACAAGAACCUUCAGGGCGCUGAGAUGCAGGUACCAGCGUAGAAUUUGGGUUGCGGUCGUCGACCUUCGAUGAUGUGAUGACCGCUAGACUAGGAGAGCAUCACAGAUUGCCACCAGGAUACAUGUUUUAGUCCAGGUUGAGGCGGAGCCGUUGAAGAACGUGCUUCACGUGUGCAAGUAUUGUCUGGCAGUUUGAGCCAAGAAAGCAGCUAUAAACAAAAAAAAGGUUGGAGCUGAGUAAACAUUCGAAAAGGUUCAUUAACUACAAGGCGCAGAGUACGGGAACCUGAUCUGCACUGAACGACUCAACUCAACUCAGAUCCGCAUAUGACAUCAGUUUCAAAAAGUACAUCAACGAACUCGACACGGCGAGAUUUUUUAUAGGAUUUAAUAUGGUUUAGAAAAAACGAUAAUAAUAAUUGUAUGAAAAGACAUCUUACACUUUUCCCGCACUUUUUUUUAUUCAGUAAAAGU